AUAAAGCAGUGAGAGCUCUUCGAUCACUAUCGAGUCUUGCCAAGUUUCAUAGCAUGGACACCCUUUACUACUUAGGUCUCUCACUCUCCGUCCUCUUCCUGCUCUACAAACUUGUCUUCCGUAACAAGGAGGGUAAGGAGUACAAGAAUCUCCCACCCAGCCCUCCCGGAGCACUUCCCAUAGUAGGCCAUUUUCUCACCUUGAAGAAACCCGUCCACGAGGGUCUAUUCAAUCUCUGCACCAAAUAUGGCCCUAUUCUCUAUCUUCGAUUAGGCCCACGACCCGCCCUUGUUGUCGGCAGCCAUGAGGCCAUCGAGGAAUGUCUCACCAAGCAUGACCUCAAUUUUGCCACUCGUCCCAUCUUUCUCUCCAAAAAGCUCGUCACCUACGACUUCACCACCCUCGGUUACACCCCCUACGGCCACCACUGGCGCAACCUCCGCCGCCUCACCACCCUCGAAAUAUUGUCUAACACUCGUCUCCAGAUGACUUCCUACAUCCGGGUGGAGGAGGUCCGGAUGCUCACCAAGAAUCUCUACCAGAGCUUCUUCCUUAAAGCUGGUGUCGCCAAGGCCAACAUGAAGUCUUUCUUCUACAUGUUCACCUUUAAUAUUGUGAUCAAGAUGCUCUCUGGGGAAAGGUAUUUCGGUGAGGAUGACAUGGGCUCUGCUAAAGGGAAGGGUAGAUUGGAGGAUCUAAUGGAGAUAUUCCGUUCGAGUGAGGGUGUCAAUUUGAGUGAUUUCUUCCCAAUCUUGAGGUGGUUGCCGUUCUACAGAGUGGAGAAGAAGAUGAUGAAAGACCACAAAAAGAGGGAUGCUUUCUUGCAGGGAUUCGUUGAGGAUCAAAGGAAGAUGAGAGCAGCUAAUCCUAAUCGGGUGACUGUCAAGGACAAGAGACCAAUCAUCGAUGUCCUGUUGUCGUUGCAAGAAACAGAUCCUGAAUUCUGCACCGACGAGAUCAUCAAGGGGAUUAUACUGGUAAUGUUAACGGCAGGAACAGACACCACGGCUCAGGCGGCAACGUAUGCAGCAAAAGAUCUGGUAUCACAUCCAGAGUGUUUGAAAAAGGCAAGAGAAGAGAUUGACUCUGUUGUUGGAUCAUCCCGUCUCAUCGAAGACGCCGAUCUCAACAAACUGCCAUACCUAAACUGCGUGGUGAAUGAGUCACUUCGAUUGGGUCCAGCAGCUCCGAUGCCACUCCCACAUCUCAACAUGGACGACUGCACAGUCGGAGGCUACGACGUCCCCAAAGGCACCAUGUUGUUCGUCAACAUAUGGGCGCUGCACAGAGAUCCGAAACUGUGGGAGGACCCUUACGCUUUCAAGCCAGAGAGGUUCCUUGGGUUCGAAGCUGGUGGUGAUCAGAAAGCCGGGCUGAAGUUCAUACCAUUCGGGGCAGGAAGAAGACAAUGCCCUGGAAUCACCAUGGGGACCAGAGUGAUGGCCAUCGCUUUGGGGACAUUGAUUCAGAGCUUCGAUUGGGAAAAGCCACAGGGAGAAUACGAGAACGAGGUGAUAUUCCGCCCUCGUCGCGCUCUCACUGCUGCACUUUCCCAACUCUAAAGCAAAAAACCAGAGUCAAGGGGGCUUUGACUGAGACGUAAAAUGUUUGUUAAGUGAGAAUAAGAAUAUGUGGAAAUUUGUAAUAAGACUUUUGUAAUGGUUUUGCUUUUUUACUUGGUGGUAUGUUGACUUGUGGAAAUUUAUAUACGAAAACAUAACAUUAGUGCUUUGCUCUUAA